UGGACACAUUGCCGGUGGACAUUGUCUGUGAUACACCCGACUGUAAUCAUGAAUCGUGAUAAUGGAAGUACAUACAAGAGGGAAAACUUCAACAGAAAGAACAACAAACAGAUAAUGGAGAAGAAACGCCGCGCUCGAAUCAACAGCUGUCUUUCGGAGUUAAAAACGUUAGUGCUCAAAGGCCUGAAGAAAGAGGAAACAGAUUUCGCCAAACUGGAAAAAGCGGAUAUCUUAGAGAUGACAGUCACGUAUUUGAAGAACAGCAAAAACCAACAUCGCGCUCUUGAAUCACGUGCCGACCGUGAUCUCGCGAAAUAUCGUGCAGGGUUUAAUGAGUGCGCAAAACACGCCUUCAGUUACAUCGGCGCUUCCUCUCAUGUACACAGCGACACAAAACUGCAUCUUAUGGAACAUUUGGCAGAUGUUUUGUACACGAAGGGAGAUUCGACACACGCAGCUUACAAGAGUGAGUGCACCAUGUCCAAAUCACCGGCCAUUAAACGUGAAGUGCUCUCUCCGCCACCAGGACAUAUCCACGCGUCUGCUUUCGCAACUACUAACUUACUCCCCCUUCCGGCGUGUCUCGAUCACGGGAGAUCGUCACCUCAGAUGGGUGACUUGUUCCCUCUUUCCGGUGCUUACGCAGACAUCCAGUCUCUGAAUCUCAAAGACAUGCAGGCUACAACACCAGAGCAACACCAAGCUGACUGGGAACUGAUAGAUUUUGGUCGGUCCUCAUCACCAAACACGCAGAAAGUGAGAGGAGAAGACACAAGCCAGAAACUCACUGCUCCUGCCCAAGACUCCAUGUGGCGACCAUGGUAACCUUAUAAGUGCUAAACCCCCAAAAAGAAGACAUUUCCAAAGAGUUGGGAUGAAACUGAUAUUUAUAGAAACUGUGAUAGAAAAUGUGAAACCGGUUGUGACAAUAUAUAUAUAUAUACGUAUUGUAUCAAGAAGAACAAAUCUGAACGGCCAUAAUUUUAAAAUGGUUCUAUGAACUCCAAUCUUCCAGCAACCUGCGGAUGGUCGUGGGCUCUGCCCGGUUUCCACCCACCAUAAUGCCCGCCGCCGUCGUAUAAGUGAAAUAUUCUUGAGUACGGCGUAAAACACCAAUCAAAUAAAUAAAUAAAUAAAUAAACAUGAACUCCAUGAUGUGCGCAUUAUACAUGUAUUAUAUACUCACAAUCCCAACAUGUUGCACCUUUUUUAUUGCACAAUAUUACGAUAAUUUUAACACGAGCUUUUAAUGUGUAAUAACAGCAUUUAUUGAUGGCUAUAAGUUUAUAAAUCCAUGCUG